AUGGAGCUCACCAUGGAGAACAUUCACAGCGUCUCCUCGCACUCCCAGGUGGGAGACCUCAUGAGCUCUCAUCACGCACGGCCGUCUCCGUCCUCCAGCUCCAAUAACAGGAAUCUGGUCUCGCACGCACCCGGCGCACGGUCAGCCAUGGUCACAGGCAUGGGCUCGCUCAUGGAUGGCUCCGGCGGGGAUUACCGGACAGACCCGUCCGGGCUCUCCGGUCACCUGCACCCGUCCAUCAGCAUGUGCGAGAACGGGAUGAGCCUCAGCAACACGUACACCACCCUGACGCCCCUGCAGCAUCUACCUCCAAUAUCCACCGUCUCGGAUAAGUUUCACCACCCGCACUCGCACCACCACGCUGCCGCCCAUCAACGACUCUCUGCCGGGAACGUCAGCGGCAGCUUCACGCUGAUGCGGGAGGACCACCGGGGGCUCGCCUCCAUGGGCAACCUGUACAGUCACUACCCCAAAGAGAUGUCCGUUUCUGGAAUGGGCCACGGCUCGCUAUCCCCUCUGUCUAGCGGGCUGGGCUCGUUGCACAACUCCCAGCAGCCGCUUUCGGCAUACGGUCCGAGUGCGCACCUCUCCGCCGAAACCAAGAUGAUCUCUCCGGUGACAGGUUUUGAGUCCCACGCCUCCAUGCUGUCCAGAAGUGACCAAGAUCAUCUGGCGAGGAGUUUAGGCGGUCACGGCCACAGCAUGAUCUCCAACCUCAACGGCAUGCACCAUCACCCGCACAGUCAUCUCCACUCCCAGGUGAACGGCGCGGUGAUGCUCGGGGACCGGGAUAGGCACGGCCACGGAGCCGGCCAGGGAGUAGCAGGGUCGAACGUUCAAGCGGAGGAGAUCAACACAAAGGAGGUAGCUCAGAGGAUAACGGCCGAGUUGAAGCGUUACUCCAUCCCGCAGGCAAUAUUCGCCCAGAGGAUCUUGAGCCGGUCGCAGGGGACCCUCUCAGACCUCCUAAGGAACCCCAAACCCUGGAGUAAGCUCAAGUCAGGCCGGGAGACCUUCAGGAGGAUGUGGAAGUGGCUGCAGGAGCCCGAGUUUCAGCGGAUGUCUGCUCUCCGGCUCGCCGCAUGUAAACGUAAGGAGGAGGACCGAGGACGAGAGCGUAGCCAGGUGCCAAAGAAGCAGCGACUGGUCUUCACCGACCUGCAGCGUCGCACCUUGGUAGCCAUCUUCAGAGAGAACCGCCGCCCCUCCAAGGAGAUGCAGAUCACCAUCUCCCAGCAGCUGGGCCUUGAGCUCACCACCGUCUCCAACUUCUUCAUGAACUCACGCCGCCGCUGUACGGACCGCUGGGGCACAGAGGAGCUGGGCCACGGGAUGCACGGCCACGUGCACACGCCUCACGGAAACGGCAACAACAACAACAACUCACAGAUCCAACCCGGUACCUCCUCUGCGUCCACGUUUUCUAAGGCCUGACGGUGUCGGGACAG